UGCUGCGGGAGUGGGAGGCUGCUGGUCGGGCAGAGUGUGGACCAACCUACCGGAGAUCACACAGAUUAUCCAGCGAUAACCGGCUGUUUCCAGGCUGCGCUCUUCUUCUUCUCUGGAAUUAAGAUAGAUCUAUUUUUUGGUAAAACGAGGCGCGGACACCUGGGAGCUUCCCUGCAGACGAGUUUCUGCUGGGCGGGACAUGAUGGCUACAGACUUAAAGAGGAUGCAGUAAAAAUGGAGUGAUUGAGUAGAUGAUUGAUCCUUUCAGCUGGACUUUGGAUCGGAGCCUUUAGAGCGGUGCGAUGGAGGAUGGGAAGCCAGUGUGGGCGCCCCACCCAACGGACGGGUUCCAGCUGGGAACCAUAGUGGACAUCGGAGCUGACAGCCUCACCAUCGAACCUCUCAAACAGAAGGGAAAGACUUUUUUGGCUCCCAUCAACCAAGUCUUCCCUGCUGAGGAUGAGGUGGACAAACAUGUGGAGGAUAACUGUUCUCUGAUGUACUUGAAUGAAGCAACUUUACUCAACAACGUUCGAGUGAGAUACAGCAAAGACAAGAUUUAUACGUUUGUAGCGAACAUCCUGAUCGCCGUCAACCCGUACUAUGACAUCCCAAAGCUUUACUCACCAGAGACCAUCAAGCAGUACCGGGGCCGGUCGCUGGGGACGCUGCCGCCACACGUCUACGCCAUCGCUGAUAAGGCGUACAGAGACAUGAAGGUCCUGAAGAUGAGCCAGUCCAUCAUCGUCUCGGGGGAGUCCGGGGCCGGCAAGACCGAAAACACCAAAUUUGUGCUCAGGUACUUAACCAGCUCGUAUGGGACGGGACAGGACAUAGACGAGAGAAUAGUGGAAGCAAAUCCCCUGCUGGAGGCUUUUGGAAACGCCAAAACUGUCCGGAACAACAACAGCAGCCGCUUUGGAAAGUUUGUGGAAAUCCAUUUCAAUGCAAAGAACGCAGUCGUUGGCGGCUUUGUGUCGCACUACCUGCUGGAGAAGUCCAGGAUCUGCAGACAAAGUCCAGAGGAGAGGAACUACCACAUCUUCUACCGCCUGUGUGCCGGCGCCCCCGAGGACAUCCGGCAGAAGUUCCACCUCAGCUCUCCGGACACGUUCAGGUACCUGAACAGAGGAUGCACUCGCUUCUUCGCCACGAAGGACACAGAUAAGCAGAUCAUGCAGAAUCGGAAGAGCCUGGAGCACAUGAAGUCCGGCGCUUUGAAGGACCCGCUGCUGGACGACCACGGCGACUUCAACCGGAUGUGCGUGGCCAUGAAGAAGAUCGGCCUGGACGACACGGAGAAGCUGGACCUGUUCAGGGUGGUGGCGGGCGUGCUGCACCUGGGAAACAUCGACUUUGAGGAGGCUGGAAGCACUUCAGGCGGCUGCACCAUCAAGAACCAGUCGAGCCAGACACUGGAACACUGUGCCGAGCUGCUGGGCCUGGAGGAGGAGGACCUGAGAGUCAGCCUCACCACCAGGGUCAUGCUAACAACAGCAGGGGGCACCAAAGGAACGGCCAUCAAGGUGCCACUCAAAGUGGAGCAGGCCAACAACGCUCGGGACGCUCUGGCGAAGGCCGUGUACAGCCGCCUGUUUGACCACGUGGUGACCAGGGUCAACCAGUGCUUCCCCUUCGACUCCUCCACCAACUUCAUCGGGGUCCUGGACAUCGCCGGCUUUGAGUACUUUGAGCACAACAGCUUUGAGCAAUUCUGCAUCAACUACUGUAACGAGAAGCUGCAGCAGUUCUUCAAUGAGCGCAUCCUCAAAGAGGAACAAGAGUUGUACCAGAGGGAGGGGCUCGGGGUCAACGAAGUCCACUACGUCGACAAUCAGGACUGCAUAGACCUGGUGGAGGCGAAAGUGGUCGGCAUCCUGGACAUCCUGGACGAAGAGAACCGCCUACCUCAACCCAGCGACCAGCACUUUACCGACACCGUUCACAACAAACACAAGGACCACUUCCGGCUGACGGUACCCAGGAAGUCUAAGCUGGCCAUCCACAGAAACGUGAGGGACGAUGAAGGAUUUAUUAUCAGGCACUUUGCAGGAGCUGUGUGCUACGAGACGACCAAGUUUGUGGAGAAGAACAACGAUGCUCUGCACAUGUCUCUGGAGUGUCUGAUCAGCGAGUCCAAGGACCAUUUCGUCCACGAGCUGUUUGAAAACUCCAACAACAGCAAAGAUGUGAAACAGAAGGCCGGAAAGCUCAGCUUCAUCAGCGUCGGCAACAAGUUCAAGACUCAGCUGAACAUCCUCCUGGACAAGCUCCGCAGCACGGGCUCCAGUUUCAUCCGGUGCAUCAAGCCAAACCUGAAGAUGGUCAGCCACCAGUUUGAAGGAGCUCAGAUUCUCUCCCAGCUGCAGUGCUCCGGUAUGGUGUCGGUACUGGACCUGAUGCAGGGCGGCUUCCCCUCCAGAGCUCCUUUCCAUGAGCUCUACAACAUGUACCAGAAGUACAUGCCUCCCAGACUCACCCGCCUCGACCCUCGCCUCUUCUGCAAGGCUUUGUUCAAAGCUCUGGGACUGAAUGAGAACGACUACAAGUUUGGACUAACUAGAGUGUUUUUCCGCCCUGGGAAGUUUGCAGAGUUUGACCAGAUCAUGAAGUCGGACCCGGACCACCUGGCCGAGCUGGUGAAGAAGGUCACCAAGUGGCUCAUCCACAGCCGCUGGAAGAAGGUCCAGUGGUGCGCGCUGUCCGUCAUCAAGUUGAAGAACAAGAUCUUGUACCGAGCGAACGCCUGCAUCAUGAUGCAGAAGACUGUUCGAAUGUGGCUCUGCAAGAAGAAACACAAACCUCGCAUCGAUGGCUUGGUCAAAGUGCGUAACCUGAAGACGAGGAUGGGCCGCUUCAACGAGGUGGUGGCCGGCCUGAAGGAGGGCAAGCAGGAGAUGAGCCGGCAGGUCCAGGAUCUGGAGGCCACCAUAGACGCCCUGAUGGUCAAAAUAAAGGUGACCACCAUGACCCGGCUGGACAUCGACCACGAGUACCAGGCCCUGGUGACCCGGUCAGAGCAGCUGCUCACCUCCAUGCAGAACAAGAAGAAGGAAGAGGAAGAGCGUGAGCGGCUGCGACGCAUCCAGGAGGAGAUGGAGAAGGAGAGGAAGAGGAGGGAGGAGGAAGAGCAGCGCCGCAAGCAGGAGGAGGAGGACAGGCGACUGAAAGCAGAGAUGGAGCUGAAGAGGAAGCAGGAAGAGGAGGAGAGGAAGAAGAGGGAGGAGGAGGAGAGGCGGCUGCAGAUGGAGAUGGAGCUGCAGCUGCAGGCGGAGCGGGAGGAGGAGGCGGCUCGGCAGGCCGUCCUGGAGCAGGAGAGGCGGGACCGGGAGCUGGCCCUGAGGAUCGCCCGCAGCGAGGCGGAGCUCAUCCCCGAGGAGGCGCAGAGCGACUCGGGGCUGCGCAGUAAUGGCUCCUCAGUUCCAUCGUCCCCAGAGAGAGCAGCCACUGCUGCCACCACCAAGCUGAAGAGCUUCACCAUGGAGGAGAUGGCAAAGGAAAUGACUGAACUUCUGGCUCGAGGUCCGCAGGUCCAGGCCUCCAAAGCCGGCGCCGGCGCCAAGAAGUACGAGCUGGGCAAGUGGAAGUACGCUGAGCUGCGGGACGCCAUCAAUACCUCAUGUGACAUCGAGCUGCUAGCCGCCUGCAGGGAGGAGUUCCACCGCCGGCUCAAAGUUUACCACGCCUGGAAAACAAAGAACAAGAAGAGGAACACGGAGACGGAGCAGCGGGCACCCAAAUCGGUCUUCGACUACGAUCAUGCACCACCUGUAAAAAAAGCAUCCCAGCAGAACCUGGCCCCGCCCAUACCGGCCCGGCAGUAUGAGGUGGCGAUGAACCGGCAGCAGCGCUACUUCCGCAUCCCGUUCAUCCGGCCCGGAGAGCAGUACAAAGACCCCCAGAACAAGAAGGGCUGGUGGUACGCACACUUUGACGGGCCGUGGAUCGCCCGGCAGAUGGAGCUGCAUCCGGAUAAACAACCCAUCCUCCUGGUGGCGGGGAAGGACGACAUGGAGAUGUGCGAGCUGAGCCUGGAGGAGACGGGCCUGUCCAGGAAGCGGGGGGCUGAGAUCCUCCCCCGCCAGUUUGAGGAGAUCUGGGAGCGCUGCGGGGGGAUCCAGUACCUCCGCAGCGCCAUCGAGAGCCGGCAGGCCCGACCCACCUACGCCACGGCUAUGCUGCAGAGCAUGUUUAAAUGAAGAGGCCCCCGGGGCUUCACUCCGCAGACAAAGGGACAAAUGCAGCAGCUACCGGACGGUUCUGCCUGCAGGGGUUUCGACGUGAACGCAGCUUUGCUCCUCCGUUCUUUCUUUCUUCUUUGUUGAUGCGUUUCUGUUUUUGGUGGUUUGCAAUUCCUCAAUAGGGGGGGGGGGCAUUAAACCCUAUACAGGGAAGAAAAUCCUACUAAAUCUGUUUUCCAUGGAAUUCUGUUGUCUGUAACAAGUUUCAGUUUUACUGUGAGGCCUUAAAACAACGUUAACAGGGUUUAACUUUACAUUCAAAGCCCCCCCCAUGUAAUUCCUGUAAUUAUGCAUUCCUGAUGAUUACACUGAUAACAGCCAGCUGGUGAUCCCGCUCCCACUCCAACCUGCUGUUUACAUGGUGGAAAACUUGCACACGAGUCGUCCAAUUAUUCCGAAUUAAGUCAGAUAAUUACUAAUUAUUAUUUUUUGUGUUCCUUUCGUCUUUCCAGCUAAAUGUAACUGGAAACUUUGUUGAUUGGUCACUGUAGUGGUUCUUCUCUUUUCUCCUCACUCUGUGAUUUAAAGCAAACAUCCAACUCUGAGACCAAACGUUCGAUCCCGGUCGGGUCACGUUGAGCUGCAGCUGCUCCCCGACCACUUCCUGUGUUUAUCAAGACAAGCAGCAAAUGUGAAUUAAUUAUGCAACCGCUGGAGGAAACCUCCAGACAGUUUCCCGAACAUCUCCCUCCUCGGCCAACGCAGCGAACGCCAGGCGGCUGCACAGGUUUCCAUCUUCAUCCUCGUUGCAUCUCCUGCUGGUACUGCUGCUCCGCCAUGAGCUGGAACUCAGAAUCUCUCCUGUACAGUACGAACAGCCGGCCGCGACGUUCCUGCUGGAAUGUAAAAGUUUAUUUUUGGAAGUUUCUACUUUAGCAACUCCGGAACUGAGAUAGAAACGAGAAGCAAUAAAUCAGGCAAACUAAAGAGGAACACAGACAAUCGGCUGCUCUGCACCAGGAAACCAGGAGGACCUGAUGGCUUCAGAGCAGCUCAGCUUCACAACGGCAUCAACAUGCAGCAGGAAGCAGAUUCCGCCUCCUGGAUGACCGCUGUGUUCACAGCGUCUGAAAAAUAUGCAUUUAAAGCAAACGUCCCUCCAGCUGUUAGUCUGAGCAGGAAUCAGAAGCAGAUUCGGCCUCUGCAGACGGAAACGUUGGCCGGUCCCGAUGCGUUUCUGCUGCAAGAUAUUCAGUCAGGAACAUCAUCCGCCCACACGGGACGAGAUGUUUUUAGUGGAAAAAUACGGCUAAAAACCGACCCUGUCACAUAAUUACAUCAUGACCUGAUUGAAGGGAUGUAAGGAAAGCAUAAUCCUUCCUGUCGUCCGUCCUCGGCUCUGCUUGGAUGGCAGCUGAAUGAAGAUCUGCUGCCACAUUUAUUUUAAGCUCCUUCUAACAUUUCUGUUAGCUGGAGAUAGCACCGAUCCUAGCCACCACAGAGCCCCCCAUCUUCUUUAUUGUUCGUCCUAUCAGUUUAAUCUGCAGAUACACGAUCUUAUCUCCGUCUGGCUCCUGCUGAAGGACUCCAUGUCUCAGGAUUUCUAACAAAACAAGCAGAAAUGUGAAAAUAUAGAUGAUUUAUUUCAGUUUUUAUUAAUCUCUACUUUCUGUGUGGCUGAAAAGUAAAUAAGUUUUACUCUAACAACAAACAGCACGACUUCAGCUGGUGAUUGGAAAACCUGGAAUAUCAGCUGGAAAUCCCAGAAUUCCCUCUCCAUCAUUUAAGUUUUCCUCUCAGACUGGCCGGGAUUCCGGCUGCGUGUUGAUGCCGUGUGAGGAGCGAGUCGCCGAGCUUCGCCUGCGUUUACAACCUCCACACGUUUCCGCUUGUUGGAGAAAAUGUGCUGCGAUGUGUUUCAAUCAUUCCUCGGGAAGCGCCUGGUCCUGGAGGCGCAUGGUCCCUUCCCUGGUUCAGGAAGUACCUGGUCCACAGUUCCUUCCCUGGUCCAGGAAGCGUCUGGACCCGGGUCCCUUCCCUGGGUCCGGGAAGGGACUGGGAAGUGGCGCCUUUUGUCCACUGUCGUUUUUCUAACGCUGAUCUCUAACAGAAGAAUAAAUGCAUCAUGUUUCACUCA